UUUCUCCUCCUCCGCUGUUGAACUCCACGCACACAGCGCAACGACUUCUCCAUUCGAUCCCCCGCCGUGAUACGCCGCCGGGAUCUUCGAGCGACGCCUUCUUUCUCAGUUUCCGGGUUGACCCUGCAUUUCAACGAGUAAGUCUGUCUUAGCGCUUUUGCUGAGACGUAUUUACAGUCGUGUGUGUGUCUAUCCUUAUCUGUGUCUCUUUCAUGUCGAUUGGAUUGUAUCUGAGCUGAAUUGCCGAUGGGUCAUAAGAAGAAAAACCCCGCGUCUCGCCCCAAGCAAUCGCCGACACCGGCGGAGGCGGCGGCGGAAGCGGUGGCGACGGCUUCUUCCGAUGCGAAGGAGUCGGACCCGGCCGGGAUACCGGAUGGUGCCCGCAAUAGCCGCCGAGGUUCCCAGCGCGGUGCGAAGAUCGAACCGUCGGAUUCCGCGAAGGAGGCUUCGUCUUAUUCGGUGAUCAAGCUCGAGUGCGAGAAGGCGCUGACGUCAUUCCGGCGAGGGAGCUACAACAAGGCGAUUCGACUCAUGAAGGAAUCAUGCGCUCACCACCAAGACUCCGCCCUAAUCCACCGUGUUCAGGGUACUUUGUGCGUGAAAGUUGCUUCAGUCUACGAAGAUCCAGCUACAAAACAGAGGUUUUUGCGUAAUGCCAUUGAUUCUGCUAGAAAAGCUGUGGAGCUCUCACCCAACUCAAUUGAGUUUGCGCAUUUCUAUGCGAACCUGCUCUAUGAAGCUGCCAGUGAUGGGAAAGAGGAUGAGGAGGUCGUGCAAGAGUGUCAACGUGCCCUUUCGAUAGAGAAUGCCAUUGAUCCUGCUAAAGAGAGUCUUCAGGAUGAGAGUCAGCAGAAGAUAUCGACACCAGAGGCCCGUAUCGCACAUGUGCAGGAGGAGCUCAGAUCGCUUAUACAGAAAUCUAAUAUAGCUUCAUUGUCCACUUGGAUGAAAAACCUAAGUAAUGGGGAAGAGAAAUUUCGGUUAAUUCCCAUUAGGAGAAUAGCUGAGGAUCCGAUGGAGAGUAGGUUGGUUCAGAUUCGAAGACCAAACGAGAUUAAGAAAGCUGCUAAGACUCCUGAAGAAAGGAGGAAGGAGAUUGAAGUGAGGGUGGCUGCAGCUAGGUUGCUGCAGCAGAAGUCCGAGUCUUCCCCCUCUCAGGAUGAUGGGAAUGGUAACAACAAAGGAUCGGAUUUGGCAUCAGGUGCUGGGCAGAGGGGCGGGGAGAGGAGAAAGCAUGGGAAUUCGAAGAAAAGGGGCUCCACAGCUGAGAGGAAGGAUUGGGUUAGGUCGUAUUGGAAUUCCAUGAGUAAUGAAAUGAAGAAAGCUUUGCUUAGGGUUAAGGUUAGUGAUAUUAAGGCUCACUUUAGUUCAUCUAAGGAUGGACAGGCAAAUGAGAUUAUUACCGAAGCUUUGUCCUUCUAUGAGUCUAACAAAACAUGGAGGUUCUGGGUUUGCCACAGGUGCGCUGAGAAGUUUACGGAUGCUGAGUCUCAUAUGCAGCAUGUUGUGCAAGAGCACAUGGGGAAUGAAUUGCCAAGGAUGCAAGCAGUUUUGCCUCAAAGCAUUGACAAUGGGUGGAUUGAGAUGCUUCUUAAUUGUUCAUGGAAACCACUGGAUCUAUCAGCUGCAGUUAAAAUGCUUGGUGAUAAGCCAAAACACCGGAGUUCUGAGCUUUAUGAAUUUAACCCUGGAGAUAACAUGGAUGACAGUGAAUGCUUCAGGGAUGCAUGGGAUUCUUCACCUGAGAAGGAAAACCUUGGGAGCGCUUGCAACUUUGGAACCAGAGACAACACUGGUAGUGAUGAGAACUCCAACAUUGGCGUUAAUGGAUCUGAAAGGGAUCAGGUAUCAUUUUCAUUUCCACCUCCUGAUAAGUGGCCAUUAUCCAAUGAUCCUGAACGUGCAAAGCUCCUUGAAAAAGUUCAUGCAGCAUUUGAGCUCCUUAUUAGACACAAAUAUUUGGCUGCUAGCCAUCUUAACAAGGUCAUUCAAUUUACUUUGGAUGAACUCCAGAAUCUAGCCUCUGGUUCACAGGUCUUGAAUCGUGGUUUGGACCAGUCACCUAUAUGCAUCUGCUUUUUGGGUGCUCCCCAGCUCAGGAAAAUCCUCAAAUUCUUGCAGGACCUGUCACAAUCCUGUGGAUUGAGUCGAUAUUCUGGAAAAAGUUUGUCCAAUGAAAAUGUUAAUGUUGUUGGCCAAUGUUGUGAACUAACAGAGGAGAUUCUUCUUGAUGGUGAAGGUUCAUAUCUCCUUCUGGAUGAAAAGUUGCUUGACAAUGAGUGUACCAAAGAAAAGAAUAUGGGCUCUGCUUCGGAUUAUUUAGCUAUGGGAGGUUCUGGACGCCCUGCCAACGAAACUAAUGUUUCUUCUGGUGCAGACGGCGUUCUUUCCUGGAUCUUCGUGGGUCCCUCAAGUGAGGAAGAAAUAGCGUCAUGGAUUCGUACAAAGGAAGAGAGAACACGUCAAGGAUUGGAAAUUAUGCAGAUUCUUGAGAAAGAGUUUUGUCACCUUCAGAAUCUUUGCGAGAGAAAAUGUGAGCACUUAAGCUAUGAGGAAGCGCUGCAGGCCGUUGAGGAUCUAUGUCUUGAAGAAGGCCGGAGGAGGGAGGCUUCAGAAGAAUUUAACUAUGAUAGCUAUGAAUCUGUGCUAAGAAAACGGAGAGAAGAUCUGAUUGAAAGUGACCAUGACUUGGUGUUCUUAAGUAAUAGGUUUGAGCUGGAUGCUUUGACAAAUGUUUUGAAAGAGGCAGAAUCUCUGAAUGCCAAUCAGUUUGGAUUCGAAGAGUCAUAUGGCAGUGUUAGUUCUCAACUAUGUGAUCUGGAAUCUGGUGAAGCUGACCAGUGGAGGAUGAAGGAUUCAUUGAAUCAGGUUGAUACUCUCAUAGAAAUCGCAAUUCAGAAACAGAAAGAGCAGUUGUCUGCUGAGCUUAGCACAAUUGAUGCACGGAUGAUGCAUAAUGUGACCGGGAUGCAACAAUUGGAGCUGAAGCUUGGACCUGUUUCCUCCAAUGACUAUCAGACAGUGUUGUUGCCUUUGGUGAAAUCCUACAUGCGGGCACAUUUGGAAGCAUUGUCUGAGAAAGACGCCACUGAGAAGUCUGAUGCCGCAAGAGAAGCAUUUCUUGUUGAACUUGCUCUUGAUUCUAAGAAGGAUGUCAGAGGCAAGAAUGAUAAUUCAAGACAUGUACAGGAAAAGUCAAAGGAUAAGAAAAAGAAUAAAGAUAGCAGGAAAGCUAAGGAUUCAAAGGCUACUGUUGGCAGUGAGCAUCGCUUCAACCAUGAUUCAGUUGAACACAGAUCUUCUCCAGUUGCAUCCUAUGAUGAUCAUUCAGAGGCCGAAGGUGUCUCCAGAGCUGUUGAUUCUUUACAAGAACAGGAAGAGGAAUACAGACGCAAAAUUGAACUUGAAGAAGAAGAGAGAAAGCUUGAAGAAACUCUAGAGUAUCAGAGACGAAUAGAGAAUGAAGCUAAACAGAAGCACCUUGCAGAACAACAGAAGAAAUACAACUCUUCAGUUACAUUGAAGGAUGCUGAUGUAGCCCAUGAUGUUUCCAGGGAUGCUGUCUCUGAUGAUUUAGUUGUACUAGAACAAGAAAACUCCAUUAGUCAGUUACUUUUCCAGGAGAAUUGGAUUCAGAAGAACGGGUUACUUAACAACUUGGAAGGCCCCACAGUGAAUACAAAUGGCAUUCUGCAGCCAAUGAACUCAUCUGUAAUUUAUGAUGCUGGAAAAGUGCAUCAUGAAAAAUCCCAAAAAGUGAUGGCUAACAGAGUAGCUACUCAGGCUGAUGUUUUGCAAUCUGAUCAACGAACAGGAAGGAGGGGUAGACGCCAAAAAGUUUCUCAUAUGUUGGUUGAUGAAAAAUAUCAGGUCACACCUCAUGAGAAGGUAACUAAUGAAUCUUGGAAACCCGACACCGCGGGGCAUAAGAGACAGUCAGAAAAUCUACUCUGCAAUGGUGUUUAUCCUGGCGAUUUAGAUGUUGGAACAAAGACGUUGAGACAAUUACAAACCGAUGAAGAUGAAGAGGAAAGGUUCCAGGCCGACCUUAAAAAGGCAGUGCGCCAAAGCCUUGAUACUUACCAGGCACAAAGAAAGACGCCAUCAGGCGUGAGGACACCUGAGAGUACAGCUCUGGAAUCAAAUAAUAACGGGCUUCAACAUGAUGUGAUUGUGGGAGGGACUACGGAGUCCACACACAGUGACGUGUUUGGUACAGGUCUACAGAAUGAAGUCGGGGAGUACAAUUGCUUUCUGAAUGUUGUCAUACAGUCUUUAUGGCAUCUGAGACAGUUUCGAGAUGAAUUCUUAUGGAGAUCAACACUAGAGCAUCAUCAUGUGGGAGAUCCUUGUGUUGUCUGCUCAUUGUAUGAAAUUUUCACCGCUUUUGGUGCCGCUUCGACUGAAACACGAAAACAACCUGUCGCCCCCACAUCACUGAGGAUAGCUUUAAGCAACCUAUAUCCAGAUAGCAGUUUCUUCCAAGAGGCUCAGAUGAACGAUGCAUCAGAAGUACUUGCUGUAAUCUUUGACUGCCUUCAUCGUGCAUUUACUUCAGUCUCAAGUGUUUCAGACACGGAAUCUUCUGAAAGCAACUCCAUGGGUUCAUGGGACUGCACGAACCGUACAUGUAUUGCCCAUUCACUUUUUGGAAUGGACAUUUUCGAGCAAAUGAAUUGCUUCAGCUGUGGGCUGGAGUCCAGGCAUAUGAAGUACACUUCCUUUUUCCAUAACAUCAAUGCAAGCGCCCUACGCUCCAUGAAGGUUAUGUGUGGAGAAAGCUCGUUUGAGGAACUUCUAAAUUUUGUUGAGAUGAACCAUCAACUAACCUGCGAUCCUGAAGCUGGUGGGUGUGGAAAGCCCAACUAUAUUCACCACAUUCUCUCAGUACCACCACGUGUUUUUACCAUGGUUAUGGGCUGGCAAAACACUUGCGAGACUGCAGAAGACAUAGCAGCUACUCUGGCCGCCGUGGAUACUGAGAUAGACAUCAGUGUCAUGUACCGUGGUUUAGACCCUAAGAAUACCUACAGCUUGGUUUCAGUGGUAUGCUAUUAUGGACAGCAUUAUCAUUGUUUUGCAUAUAGUCAUGCCCAUGAUAGGUGGGUCAUGUACGACGACAAAACCGUCAAGGUGAUUGGUAACUGGGGAGAUGUACUUUCCAUGUGUGAGAGAGGGCACUUGCAACCACAGGUUCUUUUCUAUGAGAAACUGUAAACAAAGUUGUCCAGAUUGGUCACACAUUCAGAUAGCACUCACUUCAUUACACACAUCUCUUACAAGCUGUAAUGGUGAAGUCUCCAAGUACAAACCGCAAAGCAAGUAAGUACCUUUUUUUAUAUCUAUAUAUAUAUAUACAAAGGAACAGAAACCCUGAGAACAAAGGAAGGAAGCGUGAUUAUUGUGAUCUUAUACAUAACAUAAGCAUUUUUUUUUUUGGUGGCCAUGAGAAACUGAUGUCCUUCCUGGAAAGAAAGAGGAGGAAGUUUUGUCUGGACAAAAAGUAGGAAAGUGGAAGAGCUCCUGUUUUUUUUUUUUUGGGUACAUUUAGGAUCUCUGUCCAUACAAAUUUAUACACCCUUUUGUUCUUUUUUUUAGGUGUAUCUUUUUUUUUUUUUUUUUUUUUUUUUUUGGCCAAUAACAAGGUAAGCCCUAAAACCUUGAGGAGGUAAACAAAGUGAAAUGUAACAUGAACAGGGUUUUUUUUUAUAUAUCGAGGAGGAAAAGAGCCAUUUUUUUU